UUUUAAGUGAUGCGUCUGAGACAAGGUCAAGCUAAGUGCCAAGAAGUUAUUACGUAACUUAAUGAUUGUCACGGUAGACACGAAACUUCCUUAUGUUCAAACCUCUGAAGAUUGAGGGAAUUGAAAUGUUAUGGAUUGACUUUUUUCGUUACAUUUAUUAUGGCUUUUGGUUGAGUAAAAUCGAAAAAAUAAUAAUGACAAGAAAGAAAAAUAGCAAACAGACAUCAUUUAAUCAACGGCAGUACUCAUUCCUUAGUCAGCGCGAAACCGAGCAACUAAAAGGUUCGCCUCUUUGGAAAUUGAAAGCUCCCUGAGGAAAGAGAAAAAUAACCAAUUAAAGGAUGGUUUGGUUCAUUUCCAAAGAAAAAAAGGAACGAGACACUUGAAUGGAACAAUUGAACAGCAGCAAACAAAAGCUGUAUACUAAAUGAUUAACCAGCCUAUCAGAUCGUAUCAAGGCAUUCGUGCGUGAUCAUUCGCACGUUCAAUCGCUUGGUACAUGUAGCGCUUAUUUGUUAUUAUCAGCGGUGUGGGACCAAAACAAGGUCGUUUUACCACUAGAAGGAUGGAUAUACACGAGUGAAACUUCAUUAAUGUGACUGCAGCGAGACUUUGUGUAAUCAUGAACGAUUGGGCGCCUUUAAGAAGGGUCAAUUCAGUAUUCCCUCCGUUCUCCGAAGUCAACGAACUCGACGAGCUCGACGGCAAUGACGAUGUGAAUGGUUGCCACUCUAUACUUCGCAAGCACAAAUCACUUCCUCCACCGCGGAAAAAAAGUGUACAGUUUGCAGAUGGCUGCGGGAAACCUCUCGUUUCUGUUUACAGCGACGAUGAGUACAACAUACACGUCGCUUUGCAAAUGACCAAACGUGAACUUCAGCGAGCGAAGAAAAUUUUACAUGUUUGUUUUCCUCAACCGGUUGCUUCAGAACAGUUCCGAGACAAGCUAGAGUUGCAGACGGUUUGUCUUGAAAACGCAGUGGCUUCACAAAAUUCAAUCUGGGGAACGAUAAAGGUGAAAAAUAUCUGUUAUCACAAACGUGUAUCAGCCAGGUACACUUUAGAUAGUUGGAUUUCUUCCACAGACUUAGAUGCGGUCUAUGUACCUGAAUCGAACGAUGGCGCAACAGACAGAUUUUCAUUUGCUAUAACGCUUCCUGAAUACUUCCUCGCUUCUGGAGGAGCUUUAGAGUUUGCUGUUCGCUUUGAAGGCGAAGGAAUUGAGUUCUGGGACAAUAACAGUGGCCGAAACUACCGCAUUGAGUGUUUGGAGGCCACAGCAUCGAACGGGGGAAAGUUCGAUAGAAUGGCGAACUUAUUUAGAAAUGGUUUUAGGCAGUGAACAAAGUAACAGGAACAAGAGAUUAUAUCGAUAUUUCCGCAACCAACGAAGUGAAAAUAACAAGGGAGCGAACACUUUCGGCCACUAACUAACCGGAAAUUUCUUUGUUUCUUUGUGUACUCCAAUUAACACCACGUUUGUAAUUUUUUUCUCGAGGCCGCUUUCCAGCUAUCUUUUAAUACUUAGAUGUCAAUGUAAAACACCACCAGGAUGAGGACCACAUUUGCCACAUUCAAAGUCCAGUUCAAAUACCGAAAGACGAUAUAUUAGGGAUUAUCGCGUUUCGUUGCAUGGGAAAGGUACGACCUGGACAUAAAAUGUACUUGAAAAUUAUCACGCCUUCCGGCGAUGUUUCGUGGGGAUUGAUUUUUACGUGAGUUCUACUAUAACAUAGUAAAUUUCUUGUAAUCUUAGCUAUUUGUAAGUUGUUGUUUCGAUGGGUAAAGCGAAGUCAGGAAAAUGAAACUUAAUCACUUAUCAAUAUUGACAAAAUGACCAGAAUUUGAAAUUAGUUAUACCCACAACGUGACAUUGUCACGCAAGAUAUGAAUUUUUUUUUGUUUCUUUGUUUUAAAGGCUUGGAAAUUGUGUCAAACAGUUUCAAUUCUUCCUAUUACAGUGGUUUCUCAGAAAACUAUUUUCUAGUUUAGUUUUUGACUAAGUAAACUUUGAUUUUCCGUUAAUCCUUGGUAAACCUUCAAAUAUCCUACAUAUGAUUUCUGUUUUUGAUGUAGUUACUAUGAUUUGUGAGUUUUUUUGGCAGCUUCUUUAGUUCUAUAUUUUAAGAGAAUUUCUGUUUUGAUCUCUGGGAGAGCUUUCAGAAACAUUUUAAGGCUUUUUACAAGCCCUUCUUUUACUUCUUCUUUCAACUUUGAACUUAAAACACUUUUAUGUCUUAUCUGUUGUAGAUAAAAAUCAUGAUCAGUAAUGAUAAUUUUCUUUUAGCACAAAUCUGAUCUUCAUUUGCACACUGUACUUUUUCAAUGUUGAUUGCUGUUGAGAGGCUUGAAGCUUUGCUCUAAAAUUUAUUAUCUGUGAUAUAUUUAAUUUCCAUUUAUUUA